GUAAAUCUCUUUUGUUUUUAUACAUCGCAAUAAAUCGACUAUGAGCUAUCUCAUGGAGUCAAAGUAGGGUAGGGUAGGGUAGGCGGAAUUCUGCAAUAUUUUUAGAUUUUAUCCAAAGGUUCAUAAAGAUUCUAAAGAUUCUAUCCAUAUUAAAUACCGUAUUAUUUAAUUGUCUUAUUGCAAUGAGUUAUCAAGUUAAAAUUAAUAAAAUAUCUACAUAUCUAUUGAACCGGACGAAAUAAUAGUAACAAUCCGUAGUUCAAGUAAACCUUGCAGAAUAACGUAAUUCUACAGAACCUGUGCUAGAGUGAUUUUUGUUGGUUUAGUUAGUUCGUUCUCCGCUAUUUAAUGGAUCAAAUACAAUAUAUUUAGUAGAAUGCUUCCGUCGACAGGGUAUUUUAAAGGAAUUAAUUGUCCUUUCUAUGAUAAUGGUUUAUGCGAACGACCCUAUUGUCAUUUUCGGCACGUUAAAAAAGACACUCAAAGCACUCCAAAUGAAGGUAUUGAAAGUGGAGCGAUACUUCAGAAACUAGUGUCGGCAGCAGUUCAAAAGGUCCUACAACAAAAAGACGGUACUGGAGUUGCUACAGCACCGCAGCUUGAUAAUGCAGUCAAUGCGGUACAAAGUGUAGGCAAGGCAACAUAUAAUCCCACGCCUAUAGCUGAAUUGAAUAAGAUCAACAACGUUGACACAGAGGAAUCAAACGAAGAAGGUAACGAACAAAGAAAGAGACAUAUUCCUGUACCGUACACACCACGUAAACCUACAGGCUUUGCUAUCCAAAGACCCAUUGAUACAAAUGGUUCCUCCAAACCUUUUAUUUACAUUCCUCCUCCAGUGAAAUAUACACCAGGUAGCACAGAAAAUGUGCAAUGUGAUAAGUAUACACCCACAGGUUCAACAGUCUCAACUGAAAAGUACUUACCAGGUUCUGAAUCAGAGUUACAAGAAUACAAUCCAAAUGAAGGUUCUAAUAACUCUAGUAAACAUAAUUAUGUACCUUCUGAUAAAAACACAAGUAAAAAGAAGAUAUUAGAAUAUAAGCCUACCAAAGUCAGCUCUAAAAGUGAAACCCCAGCUGUGACUUACCAACCAACCCCAAGGUCACUUGCACCAUGCUUUUCCAGUGAUGAAGAUGAGCCUGAUAGUAAGAAACUUAAAUUAUCUUCAGAUCUCAAUGGUUUUGAUGAUCUAGGACCUGAAUUUGAUAUAUUAGAUCAAAUAUUGGAUGAAGAAAAGUCUGAUCAAGAUAAAGUAAGAAAACCCUCAAGUGAUGAAGUGAAAAAAGAUAAUAGUAUAAGCAAUAAUAAUGACAAUAAGAAGUUAGAGCAUAAAAGUAGUUCAGACAAAAAUCACAACAGCAAAUCUCAUCACAGUAGUUCACAUAAAAAAGAUAAAUCAAAAUCUAGUGACAGAAGUAAACAUGAAGACAAGACAAAACACUCUGACCAUAAGUCAAAACACAAAAGUUCUAGCAGAGAGAAAGAAAGAGAUAAAGACAAGCACUCAUCAGAGAAAAGAAAACAUUCUAGUUCUAAAAGUUCUGAUCAUAGUUCAAAACACUCUAAACAUAGUUCAUCCAGCAAAGAUUCUGAAAAGCGUAGUUCUAGUACAAAACAUAAAUCCAAAUCAAAAGAUAGAAGUGACCAUAAGAAGUCUCAUAAAAGCUCCAAAGACUCAAAAGAUAGAAAGGAAAACAGGCAUGAUGAGAGUGACCACAUGUCUGAUAAUGAUGCUCAUGUUGCAGAGGAUGAACUCAUGGAUGAAGAGUUUGAUAUGGAGCCAGAUGAAGAUACCAUAGCAUUAGAAUGUAAGAAGAUAUUUGAUGAAUAUGUUCAUAUAGAAAAACCUAAAGUUAUUGAAGAUGCUGCUAAAAUAGAGGACACUAAUGAAGAAGAGUCUAUACCAGGUAAAAAAAGAAUAUCUAGAGCAUCAGACAAAGUUGUGAAACCAACACCAAAACCACCCUUGAAGCCAGAUUUUAAAGUGAGUGCAGCUCAAGCCAUGGCCCAAAGGCUAGCUAAAGUCCGUGAGUAUCAUAAUGCUAAAAACGCUAGUAAUUUGUUGAAUAAUGAAAAUGUGCCUUCAAAACCAACAAUUGCCCCUCCGAGUACUGGAAUAUCUAAAGUUCGUAUUGCUCAUGUGCCAUAUGCCUCGACUUUAAUGAAUGCUAAAAAAGUUAUGCCUCCGAGUCAGGUAACCACUAAAAGUGAGCCUUCCACUAGCACUACCAUCACACAAACAGUGAAAAAAGGCAGUCAGCGAGUGGCUCAUGUACCAAAUGAAAAGUUCAUUGACCGGCCAGGUGUUCUGGAACCCCUAGGGUCAAAGAUUGCAGCUAACAUUAGGUCAAUGUAUUUAAAUAUGAUGAUUGAUGAGUGUCUCAAAAUGUAUCUUAGUGCACAUGAUGCUUAUGCUCGUGCUCAACAUGAAGAACUGACUACAAGUAAAAAAUGUUCAACUGUACAAAUAUACAAGAACUCAGCAGUAUUAGCAGUUAGUAGAUUGAGAAAAGAACUGCUUGAGUGCAAAGGUGUUAAGAAAUCAUCAUCUGAUUGUCAGACACUACAAAGAAUGCCAGGUACAACGUCUGGUAAACCAAUGGGCUCUUGGAGCAUAGAAAGUAAGAAUAGAAAAAAUGUUGAUAAUUCAAAAGAGUUUGUUGGUGCAAAGUUAUAUAAUAACAUAAAAAAAUGGAUACUAACCGAGGAACAACUAAAACAAAAUGGUUUUCCUAGACCACAUGAAAGUGGUCAAAAGGGCAGAGCCAUUAUUCAUGGUCAAAACAGACAAAAACCGCCAAAGGGCUUUUUCAGAACUUGCUGUAGGUGUAAAAAAGACUACAUGGUUGAUAAAAAAGGUUUCCCAGCAACAAAGGAAGAAUGCAUUUAUCAUCCCAAUAAUAAAUAUAGAGUUCGUGGAGAAGCAAGGUAUCAGUGUUGCAGCCAGGAUGGUACAUCUGAUGGUUGCUGCAUAGCCCCCAGUCAUGUAUAUGAAUAUGUUGACUUUGAAAAUUUAAAAGGCUUUGUUAAAACUCUACCUCCAGAGACUGACAUGGAUGACUAUGGUAUUUAUUCUUUAGAUUGUGAAAUGUGCUACACAACUCAUGGUCUAGACUUGACCAGAGUAACAGUGAUAAACUCCUCUUGUAAUGUUGUUUAUGAAACUCUUAUUAGGCCAUUACACCCAAUAAUAGAUUACAAUACUAGGUAUUCUGGUAUUACCGAGGACCAAAUGGUUGGCGUCAAAACAACAUUAUUAGAAGUGCAAGCCACACUUCUUACUAUGUUCAAUAGCAAAACCAUUUUAAUAGGACACAGUCUAGAGUCAGAUUUUAAAGUCCUUAAAUUAAUUCACGACACUGUAAUUGACACUAGUGUUUUAUAUCCUCAUAAAAUGGGUCCUCCUUAUAAGCGGGCUUUACGGAACUUGUCAUCUGAAUAUUUGAAGAAAAUAAUUCAAAAUUCUGUUGAUGGUCACGACAGUGCUGAGGAUGCCACUGUCUGUAUGGAGUUAAUUCAUUACAAAUUAAGAGAAGAACUUAAAACUAGGUGAAAAAUUCUAAGCUUCAUUAACUAUAUAUUUAUUUUGGUGUUUCAAAAACGUCCCAUAAUAUAUUAUAUUGUUAUAGUAAUAAUAACAAACCAUUGUCAACUUUGAGCACUUAUUAUCUUACAGCAAGAAAAAAUAAUAUUUAUAUGGGAUAAACAGUACCUAUAUCAACGAAAUGUGUUAGGUAGUUUGAAUAAUUUUGAUGGUAUUAUUGCAAUAAUGGUGUAGUAUAUGAUAAGAUAUACUUUUUGUAAGAAUUCACAUUUCAUAUAAACUAUUUUACCAUACCUAA